AUGCGGAGUUAUGUAUUUGGCCAACUGUGUUGGAUAUGCAGGGUCACGGUGGAGCUCCUCAUGGCGAUGGGAACGGGGGCAAAGUGGAUGUUCAUGCUUACGCGCCUAGUCAUCUUUGCUUUUAUGAGCUUCUCGUACUUUGUUCCGAUGGUUUAUUGGUACUUCUCUUCUCCCAACAUCAUUCAUCGAGUGGCGUAUCGGUCCGCCAAAAGAAGCAGACAACGUGUUCCGAGGAUAGAGCCCGGACGUGCACUGGGAUCGAAGAGAACUGUGGGGAGCACAGGAUUUGAGAACUGUCCGAAGGUGGAGGAGCCGGAUGACAUUGAUACCCUGAAAAGCUUGGUGACGCCGCUCCUGUUGUCACGGGAUGGUAGAAACUCGGAAGCGACAUGUUCAGUUGAAUGUGCGGUAAAUGACGAUCCAAAGCAGGGAACUACUUCCUCUAUCCUUUCUGACGAGUUGCGGGGCUCGUGCGGAGGCUCGGUGGCUUUCAGUUCGGUGUAUUUGGGUGGGGAAAGGAAUGGGAAUGGGACAAUCAGCGAAAGAACAAAGGAAACCCGGUGUGACAAUCCACUGGAGGACGUUGUUUCAAGCGAUGAUGAUGAGGAUAGGCAGAACUUAAACAAUCGCGCCCGCCUCGAUAUAUAUCUUCCCGUGUCACCCGAUUCGUCGUCCAACCCAACGGAAGGCGAAGGAACCCCUUCCGCGGGAGUAGAAAAUAAGAAAUCUCCUAUCGUUAUUUGUAUUUCUGGUGGUGCGUGGAUUGUUGGGUGCUACCUGUGGAGCGGGUUAGUAGCGAGGCUUCUAGCGACUCGGGGCUAUGCUGUGUUUUGUCCCGACUAUCGUAACUUCCCCCAAACAGACAUGGAAGGGAUGGUUGUUGACAUUUCCGAUGCCAUUGCUUGGGUGGUGCACAACGCCGACCGGUACAACGGGGAUGUAAGCAACAUAACCCUUGUGGGGCAGUCCGCUGGUGCACAUCUUUCGCUCAUGUCACUUCUCUCACAAGCGCAUCUACACGCUGAAGAGGCCUCCGGAGGGGAACCACCAAGCGGCGCAGCGUAUUACGUCAAGCGGUACAACCCCCGUACUUCCAUUCGCCGAUACAUUGGGCUAAGUGGAAUAUACAAUCUUCAAGAGCUUGUUCCUCACUUUGAUAAGCGCGGUCUCUACAGCAGCGUGCUCUAUAGAAUCGCUGGUGGGGAGGAUAAAUUGGCGAACUUCUCACCUACUGCGUAUUUUGGUCCGAAAGUGCUCGGUAGCACCGAAGAGUCGCUUCCAGAGAAUAUAUUUGACUUUCUCCCGAGGUAUAUAUACUUUCUUCAUGGUGAUGCAGACGAGAGUGCACCCCUGUCUGAGUCAGCGGAUAUUGCUUUCGCCAUGCGUGAGAAGCAGCGGCUCCUGACAAGGCGUAGGUGUGGGAAAAGUGUGGGAAGAUGUGCCCCAUUUUUCACUUGCGACUCCUCGAGUUCUAUCCCGUGCCAACAUACUCAUUGUUCGCCCUCUCAUAUGAGUUCCGAUGAGAAUGGUAUGACCAGCAUUAGUCCCUGUGCAUCAUUUGCCAGUGGGGAACCGAAACAUCAGUCCAAUGGCGGAAUACGUGGGCGGGGGUCGUCGGAGUCGAGUGACAAGGAACACAGAGCUUCAGCGGUUGAGAUUCGGUGGGUGAAAAUACCGGACGCUUCCCACACCGAUCCUUUUGUGGAGGAGGUGUUAGUGGGUCAUCAGAGCUCACUUGUGGAAUUUAUUGUCAAACAAGAUGAUUACCUGGUGCCGGGUCAUCGGUGGGAAAUAGAGGCAGAAUCCAGCGAACCAGACGAGGAUGAGUGCAACGGCGCAACUGUUAACACGCCUGGGGAUUCCCCAGCAGAGUAUUCGGAUUCUGUGACCCCAGUGAUGCUUCCCGAUGCCAUUUUGCCACUUCGUGUUCCUCACGAGUCGCGCCCGCUGUUGAUGCGAGCUGCUUCAUACGUGUGCCCAUUCUAG